AUGUCAAGGGAAGGCCUUGACCAGGUGGUAUCGUGGUACAUUUGUACGGCUGUGGCGGUGCUCUUCGUGAUUGCCCGCCUGUUCAGCCGUUACCACAGACUCGGGUCACUCUGCAUUGACGAUGGCCUCGUUACCUUGGCGGCAUGCUGUCUUAUUGGGGACUUGAUCAUCCAGCAGUACAUGUGGAAUCUGGGCAUGGCCGAGAUUCGCAAGGCGAGCCGACAAGAUUUCAUCCAGAUAAUGAAGAUACAGAUGAUUGUUCCAGGGUCGACUUUAUACGUGACGUCAUUGUGGGCGGUCAAGAUCGCUAUGGUUCUGUUCUACAAGAAGCUCGCAGCGCCAGGGACAAGACUCCAGACGAUAUACAACGUUGUUCUAGUCGCACUGGUUGCAUUUUGGGGCGCCAUCUUCUUCAACAUCAUCUUCCAGUGUUACCCUCACGACAGGAGAUGGUCCAAGGACCCGAAUUACAAAUGCGAUCCGCGCCAAGGGUCAAUUAAUUAUUGGUUAACGGUUCUCUUAAACAUCAUGACCGACGUCAUCAUUAUUAGCUUGCCCAUCUCGAUGGUCCUGACGCUCCAGAUGAAGCUGAAGCUGAAGCUAGGCGUCAUUGCCAUCUUCGCGCUCGGCGUUUUUGUCGUCAUUGCAAGCAUUUUUCGAGCAUACUAUUCUAAGCGAAAGGAGACCAUGCUCACCUGCACCGUCUCCAUGGUUGAAACAGCGGUUGCCAUCAUUGCGUCCUGUCUUCCUCGUGCGUGUCCCCUGUACCCGACACAGGCAUAUAUUCACACUGACCUGCGGCGCCCAGCCCUUCGUACAUUGUUUAUAGGCCCCGCUUCGCGCGUCGGCGCCAAAUCCACCAGCGGACGUUACGAACUAUCAUCCGGUGGCGGCCGUCGAUCCUGGGGAACGAAUCGCGCACGCGGCACGACGGAUGGACGGGGAGGCACGCGAACCAAGGCCAGCUCCUCCGAGGAUGAGUUGGUCAAUAACACAAGCACGCCAUUUGCUUGCGGGAGUCCCUCGGCAAACGAUGGGAACGGCGAGAUCAAAGUAGACACAACCUUCCAAGUGCACUAUGGCAUCGACGACGAGGCUCGGGGCCAAGCGACAAAGCGCAGCGAAUUUUGA